UGUACUGGUGUCACCUGCUGCUUGUUCACUGAUGAAUGUGGGGCUGCCGAGGCAAAGCGCGGAUGUGCGGUGUCGUGUGGGGAGCGAUACUGGUACUUACUUCUUGUGUUGGAGCUGACGCGCGAAACCGGAGCCCUGGCCCUUCCCUCCGCCAAGCUUGCACAAAUGCGUAUGACUACGGGGACCCCACCUGCUUUGGGAAUUCUACCCUGUACUGGGGAACCGGAAACCAUACCGACCUGAGCUGCGCGCACUGCGUGUGCGAGGACGGGUGGGCGGGCGUAGACUGCGGGCGCUGCCUUGAUGUCUCUGUGUGCCCGAGCAGCACGGUCGACGGGCAGGUUGCGGCCGCGACGAACUGCAGCGCCAACACUCUCCUCCUGACCGAGGAGGAAGCUCGAUCGGAGGCUGGGAAGAUAUUCUCGUGCUCCUGCGGCGGAGGGGAGGACGGCUGGACCGACUUCCUGUGCGAUCAGCAGCCGGACACGUGGAUACAGUGGGCGGUGACGGGGGGGGGCACGGAGGAGGACCCGGCGUUCGUGGUCCUAGAAGAGUUCGCCGGCAUCCACGCCAGGACGGAGGAGAAAUGGCCUGGCCAGUACAAGUAUCACUACCCCAAGAUCUUCGACGGCUCGGCCGGCCCCUGCAAGGUUUACCGCGACAAGUGCUUCCCCAUCGGCGGGACGGAUGUGGGGGAGCGCGAUUGCGUGAAUUUCGAGUGCGGCGACACGGAGGGACUCUGUCCUCCCGAGGAGUACCCUAUGUGUGACGGGUUUCCACACUGCGUGUCGCCCAACGGGGAAAAGUACGAGACGCACCCCUGCACGGCCGUGCCGGAGGGAGGGAAGUCCAUCACCAUCGCCUGCCAAGAAGAGAAGGUGAACGGGUCGUACGUGUGCUACUACCAGCAGCCGGGAGGGUUCGCGCCGCUAUCGAUGACCUGCUCCGUUGGGUCCUGCCUGUACCAGGGCGGAGCGCCGGUGCAGCCGUCUGGGUCGAAGAUGAAGGCUACUUCCUGGUCCAUCGGAGUGCAGAUGGCUAUACUGGUUUCUCUGGCGGGGCUGCUUGUGAUGAGCUUCGUGCUGUUCGCCAUCGUCUCCGACCCGGGCACGGCGGCGACAGCCAAGGGACGAGCCAGGUCGCGUGCAAAGCGAAUCUACGGGACCCCUCUGCUCGAACAGACCCCUGCCCUCCAUCACGAAGAAGAUGGCACCAUCAGCAGAAGCGGAGAACCGUUGCUGGGUCGCGAGCGGCCGCGCCGUUCUAGUAGCAGCGCCGCCAACGGCGGCGGCGGCGGUGGCGAGGGAGGGCGGCGGCGUCCCGCUCAGCCGGCGGUCCUCCGGUGGGACAAGCUCGGGUACUACGUGCGCGGCCAAGGGCAGCGCAGAGGAGUGGAAGAGAUGGCGGUGCUGAAAGGAGUGUCGGGCUUCGCCGGCCCGGAGCCACCACCGCAGGACGCUGCCGCCACCGCCGCCGCCGCAUCCCGCCGCAACAGUGGGGACGGCAGAGAGGAGGUAGGCCAGAGCACCAAACGCGGCGUGUCUCCUGCCGGUUCAGCGAACGGUUGCUUCGGCGAUGAGACUGCAACGCCGGCGCCGCCGCCAACGGCCUGCGUGCCGAGCACAAUGACGGGCAUCUUGGGCCCGUCUGGCGCCGGGAAAUCGUCUCUCCUCGACCUUGUCGCCGGCCGCAAGCGCCGCGGGGAAGGCCGAACCACGGGCUCCGUCUCCCUGGCGUACGAUGGCACCGGUAACGGCAACGGCGUCGAAGCGGUGCGCAGGGUAGGGGGAUACGUAUCCCAGGAGGACGUCCUGCCGGGGACCCUGACCUGCUACGAGCACCUCAUGUUCCACGCCAGGCUAAGGAUGCCUCCCGGCGCGAGCUUCGCCGAGAGGGAGGAGCGCGUCCUGUGGGUGACGGAGGAGCUGGGGUUGCAGCGGGUGGCGGACUCUCGCAUAGGGGACGAGCUCGAGAGGGGCCUCUCGGGAGGGGAAAGGAGACGGCUCAGCAUCGCGACCGAGCUCGUGGCGCGACCGGCUUUGCUGUUUGCGGACGAACCGACAACCGGGCUAGACGCCGCGACGGCCCUUCGCGUGAUGACCCUCCUGAGCGGGGUCGCUUCGAGGGGCACGACGGUCCUAUGCAGCCUCCACCAGCCGCGUCCCCGCGUGUUCAGCCUCCUGGACCGGGUCAUCCUCCUCUCCGGGGGGCGGGUGGCGUACUCCGGCCGCCCGGGCGAUGCGGAGGAGUUCUUCCGGUCGGUGGGACGGCCGUUCCCCCGUCACCAGCCCCACCCUGCGGACGCGAUGCUGUCCCUCGUAUGCCGGGAGGACGGUCGAGACUUGCCGUCGCUUUUCCGCAGGUCUCAGCUGGCGGAGGGGGCUCCGCGGGAGGCCGCCGGUGGUAGGGCAGCAGCGGCGGAGGUGGCGGAGGAGGAGCGUAGCAAGGCGGAGGGGGGCGUGGACGUGUCCAUCUCGGGGUCGCUGAACGGCGACGGCGAGCUGGAAGAGGAGACGGAGUUGGUGAAGGUCGGGAGGGGGGGCACGCGGAAUGGCGAGAGAGAAGGGAGGUGGCGCGCGUCGCGACGCCGCCAGCGACAGCGACAGCGACAGCUGCAGCAGCAGCAGCAGCUUGCGCCUGAGGAGAUAAAGAAGGGAGCAGGGGACGAGACUAGCUCGGCACCUUUCCUGGUCCAGGUGGAGGCGUUAUCGCGGAGGCUGCUGCUGAGGGCGGUGCGACACCCGUUGCUCCUCGUCUUGCACUUCGGAGGUUCCGUGGCGAUGGCGCUGUGCCUCGCUAGCGUGUUUGAGGGGCGGCUGGGGUAUAACUUGGCCGGAGCGCAGGACAGGCGACGCAAGUUCGGAGUCCUGUUCUUCUUGCUCCUGUACCUCGCCCUUCUGUCUCUGACGUCGCUGCCGGUGUGGCGGGAAGACCGAAGACUUUUCCUCUCUGAGGCUAUGGGGGGAGCGUACGGCCACCUACCAUACUUCACGUCGGUGGCGCUGGCGGACAUUCUCUUGAUCAGGGUACUGCCGCCGCUAGCCUUCGCUGUAAUGGGGUACCCUUUGAUGGGCCUCAACUCCGAGCCGGAUAACCCGGGCUGUCUUCUGUGGUUCGCGGGUAUUCUGGUGCUUGCCAACGUGACGGUUGCUCUGGCGGCGAUGGGGAUUGGAGCCCUCGGUCUCCCCCUAGACCUGUCCAAUCUGAUCGGCGGUCUCAUGGUGCUCCUCCUCGCAGCCUUCGGGAGGUUCCUCCUCAACGGCACACGCAUCCCCGUGGCGUGGAGGUGGCUGAACUCGGUAACUCCCCUGGGCUACGCGUUCGAGGCCCUCCUGAUCAACGAGUUUAGCGACGCCGACGGAAGAAGACCCUACCGGAUAGAAGGCAGCCACUGUUCGCCAGACUUGCCGGUGAUCAUGCCACUGGGACCGCAGAUCCUCGCCACGUUCUCCUUCUCGACCGAGCGGUCGACCAUGCACAAAGACAUGCUGGUGCUGGUGUCUCUGGCUCUGGGGUUGUCGGUGUCGAGCUUGCUCGUGUUCUUCCUGGCCACGAGGACCAAGCCACUAGUGAUCGACUCCUACCCACCUUCGGGGCAAACGAGGCCUUCCCGCCGCGGGAACACCCGUACCGGCAACAACUCCUCGACGGCCGCAAGACACGGUAACCCCGUGCUAUCCUCUGACCACGGUAUUACCGCCGCCGACCCACCCGCCGACGACAUGCAACCCCAGCCACGAGGACCGAUGACCGUUUCGACCGCCACCGGUAUGGUGGGGGAAGAGGAGCUUGCCUUGGAAAGCGGGCAGCGGGAGGGGAGCGCUGGCGCCGCCGGGGCGACCCGUGGUGGGGCUCGGACCGUUUCGUGGAACGUUCCGGAAGCUCUCGGCGGGCCGCCACCGCCGGCCGCGGCGGCGGCGUCGGGGAGUAGGCGGUUUUUGUCGCAGGGGGGUUGGGGCGACAGCUUCCGCCGCAAGCGGCGCAGAAGCAGCGAUCGGAUCAACGCGCGGACGGGGGCGGAGCUGGAGACGGCCUCGCCGCCGCCCCCGCCGCUGCUGCUGUCGUGGGAAGGGCUGCGGUACGAGAUAGCCGUCCCGCGGAGAAGUAGCUCCUGGUUCGGCAAGGGGGACGCCGCCACGACUGCCGCUCCUUCUCCUCCUCCUCCUGCCGCCGGCGGCGGCGCACGGCGGGGUGAAGAAGGACGCCUCCUGGUGUUGGACUCCGUGUCAGGGUUUGCGGGGCCGACGAGAAGUGCCGGCGGGAGGCGCGCCGUCGUCGUCGCCGCCGGCGGAGCCGCCGCCGCACGCACCUCAGGGUCGGUGGAGGCCGGUCGCCGCUCGGCCGUGUCUGCUACUACGGUUGAGGGGGCUCCUCCGCAAGAAGGGGGGGGGCACGGGAACGAGGGUGGGGGGUGGGGGGGCACCGUGACUGCCAUCAUGGGGCCCUCCGGCGCGGGCAAGACCUCCUUGCUCAACGCGCUGGCCGGUCGGCUGCAGGAUGUCCAGCGGGAGGCCUCCGGCGGUGGGAGGAGGAGGAGGCCGGGGUUGACCGGCGCCGUGCGGCUGAACGGGCUGGCCGCCGGCCCGGCUGAGGUCCGGGCGCUAUCGGCGUACGUGACCCAGGAGGACGUGCUGCCAGAGACGCUCACGUGCUACGAGCACCUAAUGUUCCACGCCCAGCUUAGGUUGCCCGGGCACACGACGCUUGCGAGACGGCACGACAGGGUUGCGGAGGUUUUGGAGCAGCUUGGACUCGCAGGCAUCCGCGACUCGCGCAUCGGGGGCGGGCUUUCGAGGGGGAUAUCGGGGGGAGAGAAACGACGUCUCUCGAUUGGCACGGAGCUCCUAACCCGCCCCGCUCUUCUCUUCCUAGACGAACCUACCACCGGCUUAGACUCAUCGACGGCCGUGCGCGUGAUGAAGCUGGUGUCGGAGAUAGCCUCUCUCGGGACGACGGUGGUCUGCAGCGUGCACCAGCCCCGCCCGGAAGUGGUCCGCCUCAUCCACAAGGUCAUUCUUCUCUCUCGAGGGGCGGUCGCGUUCUGCGGUGCCCCCUCAGACGCAGAGGCACACUUCGCUGCCAUCGGGAGGCCGUUUUCGCGGCUUGGCGCCGGAGAGACGAGCGGGGCAAGCGGCGGUGCGGGGGUGGCUGGGGGUGCCGUGGCGGGGGGCAUUAACCCGGCGGAUGCCAUCCUCGAUGUCAUCGGGGAUGCGGAGGAUAGGGUGGAUAGGGAAGGGGCGGGCGGGGGUGUGGAGAGCGGGGUUGGUCUUGUGGUGAUGCCGCGGCAGCAACUCGUGGAGCAGGCGAGUGAGGUGCGCGCCGCGGAGACCUCGGGCCCGCCGCCGACUUCCCUCCUCGGCAUCCACGGCUCAGCAAUGACAAGAAGGCCGCCGCCUCCCGUCUGCACCCAGCUCAGCGCCCUGCUCCAGCGAGCGUCCAUCAACGUGGCACGCGACCCUUACCUGGCUGGCCUGCACAUCGUCUUGACGGUGUUCGUCGGAGUGGUCUUUGGCUCUCUGUUCCGGGACUUGGGCCGUUUGAACGGCUGCACGGCUGGAGUUCAGGACCGGCUGGGCGUGGUGUUCCUCCUGCUCCUCUUCCUCUCCCUGCUGUGCCUCACCUCCCUUGCGGCCUGGCGGAAGCAGAUGACCCUCUUUGUGCACGAGCGGGCCUCGGGCGCCUACGGCGCGGCCGCCCACCUGACCGCCGCCGCCGCCGUUGACGCCCUCGCCUGUCGCGUCCUACCCCCCAUCCUCCUGGCCCUUACCGUCAGCCCCCUCGCCGGCUUACGCCCGGGCGGUCUUUUCGGCCUAGCGGGCGGCCUCGUGGCCUUCAACCUGUCCCUGGCCGGGGUCCUGGCCGCCUGUGGCGCUGGCGCAAAGUCGUCGCAGGAGGCGCUGGCGACGGGGUGCCUGGUGGUGCUGUUCUCGGCGUUGCUGUCGGGGUUCCUUGUGUCGAAGGACGACCUGCCCGCGGCGUGGGGUGCGCUUGCAUGGCUGUCGCCCAUCGGGAGAGGGUUCGAGUCGCUCGUCGCGAACGAGUUUAGCCCGUACGGUGCUGUGUUCCGGCUGUCGACCAAGAUUGGAUCGGCGCCAAUCGUGUACACUGACCCCAUGACGGGGGAUCAGAUUCUCCGCUGCUUCGGAUUCAGCAGCGGCCGCACCCUGACCGAUCUCGGAAUUCUUGCAGCGGUGGGCGGGGGCGGGCUUGCGCUGGCGCUCGUGUUCCUGAAGCGUUCCCGAUGAAAAGUAAAAUAUGUGAUUAUCGCAUGACAUUCCCCUUUGUCAAGGUGUUAUUGUGCUGUUGCAUACAUGUUGACUUCUUCUUGGUGGGUGUUGAGUCGUGUCCGUCGUGGCUCAAGACCGUUUGGAUGCUGAUGACCUUUUUUCGGCGUUGAUGAACGUGUCGGUGCUGAUGACCUUUUUUCGUCGUUUGUGACCAUUUUCGAUGGGUGGCCAGCGUGAUGAGCACGUUGUUUCGACCACUUUGACCGCGUAGGGUGCAGACAUGUGCGGUAUUGAACAGCGCCGACAGGUUUGGCCGGAAUCUGUUGUGGUUGAUUGGUUCUCGAGAAACGUGCGCACCUUAUGGCAGGUUUGUUGUCAUGAUUGGUUCUCGAAAAAGUGGGCACCUCACGGCAGGGUUUGGACAAUAUUGAGCCUUUCCUCUCAGUGCCACGGGAGCUGAAGGUUCGACCACCAAGAUUCAUUAACUUCGCAUCCAUCGGUACAAGAUACUCCACCGAUGACGUACUGACGGUCGUGCGGAGUGGAAAUUCUGUCACUGUCGCUGGGACAUGAUGCAUAUGAUGUGCGUCCUUUACGUCAUUUCACUUGCUGCGGCGUCUGUGACAUCAGUGUAAACAGUGUUGUUGCUCUCACUCGCGGUCGUGCUCCUCCAACUACAUAAUGUACAUGUUGGUUGAAAUCUUACGUGCAUGCACCUCAAACUGCACAUGUACAUGUGGGUAGAAAUCUCGUGUGCAGGCACAUGCUGUAGACUGCUUGGUUAUGUGGAUCUGGGAUGCGGGGGGUAUGCGGCGUGAUCGAACGCGGUGUUAACAACUAAUAAGAGAGUUUGUUUUGGUGUGGAGGAGUCACGUAGAAAUAAGUUCACGUUGCGGUGGCUUGAAGGCAUCUCUGAGGGCAUCAACGUGGCAACCGCCGUUGUUUCGUGUGUAGUCAGCCAGCCGUGGGUACACGCAAGGGGUCCGCACGUCUCUUGCGCUGACGGGGAAAGCCCCUCGCCGUCCACGUUGCUCUUGGGUUCUUUCGUGAUUAUUACUAUCACUGGGGCGAUUGUUUGCUCUUCGACCUAGUAAAGAAGCAUGCGACGUAUGCAUACGUUCAAGGACCGCUUUCUUUGCCCAAUCAGUGGAU